AUGGAGGAGAAGGGUGAACACCUCCCCUACCCCCAGGCACCUGCCUCGGAGGGUCGAGAUGAUACCGAUAGCACGGCCACGAUCCAGGGAGAUGAUCCCUCCCCCACCGCUCCCGUUUCCAAUGCCAGCAAGGCCAACGAAUGGAAACUGAUGCCGCGGGUCAAGGAACAGCACGACCGCGAAGUCGAGUCCGGCUUCAAAGGCCGCGAGCUCGGCGUUACCUGGAAGAACCUCAAUGUCGAAGUCGUCAGCGCCGAAGCCGCCGUCAACGAAAACUUCUUCUCGCAAUUCAACAUCCCCCAGCACAUCAAGGAAGGUCGCAACAAACCCCCUCUUCGGAAGAUCCUCGACAACAGCCAUGGCUGCGUCAAGCCCGGUGAGAUGCUGUUGGUCCUCGGCCGACCCGGCUCGGGCUGCACCACCUUGCUCAAGAUGCUCUCCAACCGAACCCGCGGGUAUAAUUCCGUGAACGGUGAUGUCCGCUAUGGCUCGUUGACUGCCAAGCAGGCUGGCGACUACCGCGGUCAGAUUGUCAUGAACACCGAGGAAGAAUUGUUCUUCCCCACCCUGACCGUCGGCCAGACGAUGGACUUCGCGACCCGCCUCAAGAUCCCGUUCAAGCGGCCGGCCGGCGUCGAGUCCGCCGAAGCCUACCGCCAGGAAACGAAGGACUUCCUGCUCGAAUCCAUGGGAAUCUCCCAUACCAACGACACCAAGGUCGGCAACGAAUAUGUCCGCGGUGUGUCCGGUGGUGAGCGGAAGCGUGUGUCCAUCAUUGAGUGUCUUGCCACGCGCGGCUCGGUGUUCUGCUGGGAUAACUCCACACGAGGCCUGGACGCCAGCACCGCUCUGGAGUGGACCAAGGCUAUCCGUGCCAUGACCGACGUCCUGGGUCUGUCGACUAUCGUCACCCUGUACCAGGCUGGCAAUGGUAUCUACGACCUUUUCGAUAAGGUGUUGGUCUUGGAUGAGGGCAAGGAGGUCUACUACGGCCCUAUGGCCCAGGCUCGGCCCUUUAUGGAGCAUCUCGGAUUUGUCUGCCGCGAGGGCUCGAACGUCGCCGAUUUCCUCAGUGGUGUCACCGUCCCGACGGAGCGGAAGAUUCGCCCGGGAUACGAGAACCGCUUUCCCCGGAACGCCGACGCCUUGAAGGCUGAGUAUGAGAAAUCGCCAAUUCACAACCAGAUGGCCCUCGAAUACGAUUACCCCGACACCGAUCUUGCGCGCGAGCGGACCGAGGAUUUCAAAACUUCGGUCUCGGACGAAAAGUCAAGUCGGCUCCCUAACAGCAGCGUGAUGACGGUCGACUUCGUGGACCAGGUCAGGGCCUGUAUUGCUCGUCAGUACCAGAUCCUGUGGGGUGACAAGGCUACCUUCAUCAUUAAGCAGGUGUCCACCUUGGCGCAGGCUUUGAUUUCCGGAUCCCUCUUCUACAGUGCUCCUAACAACUCCGGCGGUCUGUUCGUCAAGUCCGGUGCUCUCUUCUUUUCGCUCCUCUACAACAGUCUGCUUUCCAUGUCCGAAGUUACCGAGUCGUUCAGCGGCCGCCCCGUCCUGAUCAAGCAUAAAAGUUUCGCCUUCUUUCACCCUGCCGCCUUCUGUAUUGCCCAAAUCGCCGCCGAUAUCCCUGUCCUCCUGUUCCAAGUCAGUAUCUUCUCGCUUGUUGUUUACUUCAUGGUCGGGUUGGACAUGUCGGCGGGCAGUUUCUUCACCUACUGGAUUCUUGUGUUCACAACUACAAUGGUUAUGACUGCUCUGUUCCGUGCCGUGGGCGCUCUCUUCAGCACUUUUGACGGUGCCUCCAAGGUUUCCGGUUUCCUCAUCUCCGCUUUAAUCAUGUAUACUGGAUAUAUGAUUCAGAAGCCGCAGAUGCACCCGUGGCUCGGCUGGAUCUACUGGAUUAACCCGCUUGCCUACGGUUUCGACGCUUUGCUGUCUACCGAGUUCCACGGCAAGGUCAUUCCCUGCGUGGGUACCAACCUCAUUCCCUUCGGGCCUGGGUAUGAAGAUGCCGCCGGUCACCAGUCUUGCGCCGGUGUCGGUGGCGCCAUCCAAGGAAACACCGAAGUCACCGGCGAGCAGUACCUGGCCUCCCUGUCGUACAGCCACAGCCACGUGUGGCGCAACUUCGGUAUUCUGUGGGCCUGGUGGUUCCUGUUCGCCGUCGUCACCAUCAUUGCGACCACCCGGUGGAGGGCCCCGUCCGAGAGCGGCAGCUCCCUCCUGAUCCCCCGGGAGCGUUUGGACAAGCACCGUCAAGUUGCUCAGCCGGACGAGGAAUCCCAGAUCAACGAGAAGGCCAAGAAACCUGUCGACAGCGGCUCCGAGGAUGACACCGAUCUUGAUCAGCAGCUGGUCCGCAACACCUCCGUUUUCACCUGGAAGGACUUGACCUACACAGUCAAGACUCCCUCCGGCGAUCGUGUGCUCUUGGACAAUGUUUAUGGAUGGGUCAAGCCCGGCAUGCUGGGUGCUCUGAUGGGAUCCUCCGGUGCCGGAAAGACCACUCUUUUGGACGUGCUGGCUCAGCGUAAAACGGAAGGUACUAUUAACGGUUCUGUUCUGGUCGACGGUCGUCCGCUCCCCGUCUCUUUCCAGCGAUCCGCAGGUUACUGCGAGCAACUUGAUGUGCAUGAGCCUUUCGCGACCGUGCGUGAGGCACUGGAGUUCUCUGCCUUGCUCCGUCAACCACGCCAUGUGCCCGAACAAGAAAAGCUGAAGUAUGUGGAUACAAUUAUUGAACUGCUUGAAUUGCACGACAUCGCCGAUACCUUGAUCGGCCGCGUUGGUGCUGGUCUGAGCGUGGAACAGCGCAAGCGUGUCACUAUCGGUGUGGAGUUGGUCUCGAAGCCCAGUAUUCUGAUUUUCUUGGACGAGCCUACCUCUGGUCUUGACGGUCAAUCCGCCUACAACACGGUUCGAUUCCUGCGAAAGCUUGCCGACGUCGGUCAGGCCGUUUUGGUUACGAUUCACCAGCCCUCCGCCCAACUGUUUGCCGAAUUCGAUACUUUGCUUCUGCUGGCCAAGGGUGGUAAGAUGGUGUACUUCGGCGACAUCGGUGACAAUGGCCAUACGGUUCGGAACUACUUCGGUCGCUAUGGCGCCCCGUGUCCCGAGAAUGUUAACCCUGCCGAACAUAUGAUUGACGUCGUCUCCGGUGCUCUCUCGCAGGGCCGUGACUGGCAUCAGGUCUGGAAGGACUCUCCGGAACAUGGUAACGCGGUCCGGCAACUUGACCAGAUUGUCGGCGAUGCAGCGGCCAAACCUCCUGCCACGGCCGACGACGGUUUCGAAUUCGCCAUGCCUCUCUGGAAGCAGGUCAAGAUCGUGACACUCCGCAUGUGCGUCGCUUUAUACCGCAACGUGGACUACGGCAACAACAAGAUUGCUUUGCACAUCGGUUCCGCUCUGUUCAACGGGUUCUCCUUCUGGAUGAUUGGCGACUCCGUCCAGUCGAUGCAGUUGCGUCUUUUCACUAUUUUCAACUUCAUCUUCGUGGCCCCCGGUGUGAUCAAUCAGUUGCAGCCGCUCUUCCUGGAACGUCGUGACAUUUACGAAGCCCGUGAGAAGAAGUCCAAGAUGUACUCGUGGGUCGCAUUCGUAACCGCCUUAAUCGUUUCGGAAAUCCCCUAUCUCUGUCUCUGCGCCGUGUUUUACUUCGUCUGUUGGUACUACACCGUGGGUUUCCCAAGCGCCUCGGACAAGUCCGGCGCCGUCUUUUUCGUCAUGUUGAUGUACGAGUUCGUGUACACCGGUAUCGGUCAGUUCAUCGCCGCCUACGCUCCCAACGCCGUUUUCGCCUCCCUGAUCAACCCCGUCUUCAUCGGUACCCUGGCUUCCUUCUGCGGUGUGUUGGUGCCGUACCAGCAAAUUCAGGAGUUCUGGCGCUACUGGAUCUACUGGAUGAACCCGUUCAACUACCUGAUGGGCAGCAUGUUGACCUUCACCAUCUUCGACGUCGAGGUGAAGUGCAAGGACUCGGAGUUCGCUCUCUUCGAUCCGCCCAACGGCACGACCUGUGGCGAUUACCUGUCCACCUUCAUGCAGGGCAUCGGGUCGCGCAUGAAUCUCCUCGACCCCGAGGCUACCGAGGGCUGCCGCGUGUGCCAGUACACCAUGGGCAGCGACUAUCUGUCCACCAUCAACUUGAAGGAUUAUUACUAUGGAUGGCGCGACGCUGCCAUCGUUGCUUUGUUUGCCCUCAGCUCGUACGCUCUCGUGUACGUGCUGAUGAAGUUGCGGACCAAGGCCUCCAAGCAGGCUGAGUGA